UGGCGUUUUUACACGCGUCUGUAUUCUGUCCGAACACACCUUCUUCCACAGUCAUAAAUCAUAAACUUCUUAUCUUUCCAGGCCAUAACUUGAACAUCAUGGCGGCCCCUGAGUCACAUUUUAUAGUGAAUGUUUAUGGAGAACACUGAAAUUAUUUUAUGUUAGACUAAUAUUAUAGUGCACUAUUCAUCAAUUUUUCAAACCAUUAUUAUUAUAUCAUAUUAUGAAUUAACAUUAAACUGAAUUUAACUGAAUAGUGACAACAUUGAUUUCUGUGGGCCCUUCAGCUGAAAUUGAAAUAUCUAUGAAUUGCAGCAUUAACAUUGUUAUUUUCCAUGUAUUUCUGAGAAGCUGCUUCUAAACAAUCUAUAUCAAAGAGAGCACUAUAUAAAUAAAUUUAAGAAAUUAGAUAAUUAAGUUAUUUUCUAUCAUGGGUAACAUAUGCUUUGUACAUUUUUCUUUUCUCUUUAAGCAGCAAGACAUAAAAAGCGAUACAGAUAUUUUCAAACUACACUUCCCAUAAGCCACAGCACAUACGGAAGACGCGUUGGCCACGCCCCCUCCUUGCCACAAGUGUGGAUGUUACGAACUUUGCUCUGCUGUUUUUAUUGAACUCGGGGAACAUUUCUGCUUCUUCGGGACCUGCUGGACAUGAACAUGGGAAGCGUGUUCGCCAAGUGUGCUGUCACCGACCUGACCAUUCAGUGGGUCGGGUGGGCGCUAGCGUCUGCUUUCAAAACUGAAAAGUUUUACGACUUGGCAGGAUCUGGUACUUUCUUAUUGCUGGCUAAUCUGAGUCGUAUGUGGGGCGGAAAUGGCCACUUUAGACAGAACGUACAAACUGGACUCGUCACUGCUUGGAGUCUGAGGCUCGGGACAUUUCUCUUUCUUAGAAUCCUAAAGGAAGGACAAGACCGGAGAUUUAACAAUGUCAGAGACAGCCCUGGGACAUUCUUUGUGUACUGGACCAUGCAAGCUUUGUGGGUCUUUAUCACCCUGUUGCCCACCCUAAUUUUAAACAGUGAGAGAAGAGAUGAGCCCCUGGGCCCACGUGACUACAUCGGCUGGGGAAUAUGGGGGUUGGGUUUUGCUACAGAGGCCAUUGCCGACCAACAGAAGUGGAAUUUUAAGAGUGAUCCAGAUAAUGCUGGAAGGUUUAUUCAUCAUGGACUGUGGGCAUACAGCAGACAUCCAAACUAUUUGGGGGAGAUCCUGCAAUGGUCGGGCCUGUUCCUGUCCGCUUCCUCCGUCAUGCGUGGACCUCAGUACCUCAGUGCACUUUCUCCUCUCUUCGUCUGGUUCUUACUGAGACACAUUAGCGGGAUCCCCAUCCUUGAGAAACAAGCUAUGAAAAAGUGGGGCUCAGAUCCCGCUUUCCAGAGAUACACCAGGAACACUCCGCUCCUAUGGCCCUUUCCCAAAUUGAAGGGAGAAUGAAUUGUUUACACAACUUGCAUAAUUGCUUGUGCUGACAAAUGAGCUCUUGUGAAUAUCUUGAUAUAUAGAUACAAUUAUAGUGUAGAGAAUAGUUUAUCCCAAAAUGACAAUUCUCUGAAUAUUUUCUCAUUCAAGAUGGCCAUCCAAGAUGUAGCAGUUUUUUUUUCCUUCUGCCCAACAGAUUUGGAAAAAUUUUGCAUUACAUCACUUGCUUGCCAACAGAUGAAUGGGUGCCAUCAGAACAAGAGUCCAAACAGCUGAUAAAAUCUUCACAAUAAUCCACCCCCUGACUCUAGUCAAUUAUUGUCUGUGAAGCAAAAACAUUUUUUUUUUUAAACAAAUCCAUAAUUAAGAUGUUUAAAAUGAAAAAGUUCCUCACAUCAAAAUUCACUGUAAAUAGUGCUUGAUUGUUUUCACAUUUCAUUCCUGAUUGAGAUGAGGCUUUUUUUUUCUCCAAAAUGUAACAAUAUUAUGGAGAUGUUCAAAUUCAUUACAUUUAUAAGGCUUUUCACAUUAUUACAUUAAUUGAUAGACUGGUGAUUGUUAUUAUAAAGCCGUUCAGACUUUUAUUCUGAUGGCACCCAUUCACUGCAAAAGAACCAUUGAUGAGCAAGUGCUAAAUUUUAAAAAAAAAAUGUCAUCUCGUCUGAUUUGAGGUUGAGUAAAUUUCAUCCAAAUUGACAUUUUUAGGUAAAUACUUUCUUUAAAAUAAAUAUAUAUGUCCCUGUUUAUAAUUUCUUUGUAAUAUUUCAGUACAGUUGUAAUCCACAAGGACUUCAAGAAUUCUAUCACUACUACUUCUGCAUUAAUUCAACUACCCAGACUUAUAUUCUGGCACUCUUUGUGCCUCAGUGAAUUUGUUUUGUGAACAUUUAAGUUUUGCCACUUCAGUCUAACUCUAAAUCUCAAUGCAAUGUAAAAGACAGACACAAAGGACUUGCAAUAAAUGAAUGUAUUUUACAAACGGCACACCACUCAAACUGAAAAGCAACCGGGUUGAUAAAUCAGCUUCAAUGUUUAACACAGUAAACAACUGCCAUUUUAUAACAAUGAAAGCUUGGCAGUUUAGUGCUGCACAACUACUGGUCCAGAAAACGUUGCUCCACUGAAAGGAAAAUGACUAAUUAUAUACAGUAAAGAGUGUCCAAUCAGUGUAAUCUUUUAUAAAAUUCAAUAAAGUACACUAGAUCCUUCAAAAUCA